AUGGGUGGCAACCUUGAAAAUGUAGCCGGCUACGGUCAACUCUCCCUUGGACAAGCUGUCAACAUCGCACAAAACAGUGAAGGUGGUGUCGACCAACGUCUCGCACAGUUCCUCGAGAGGCGGUUAGCAGAUGUCUGGGCCAAGCUCAACACUCAACCUACCUCAUACAUCCUUCCAGCGGACGAAUUCGCUCUCCUAAACUACUAUCGGCCACGAUUCGGCGAUUCCUCGAUAUCGUCGCAGCUCGAAUGCCUGCAGGUUGCGCCUCCCAUCGCAGUCCCACCUGCAGCAUGUCAGCAACCUCUAAUGGUACACAACUUCGCCCACUCUCAUGGCCGACCUUACAUAGGGGAGCACUACCCACCAGACUGCGAAUACAACUGUGUAGUCUUCAAUGUCACCGUCACUUUAGCGGGCCGUCAAUUCAAUCAACUUGCCCUGAUGCUCUUCGAUGAUGUGGGGAUCUUUCGUACAUGGACGGCUGCGCCAACACAAGACAGCAUCGUAUGGCGCUAUCCUCGAAAGAUCAUCUUCGAUCUUGGGAACCUAGUAGACGACACGUAUACAGGCGCUUGGCACACCACUUUAACAGCGGCUUAUUUCACUGCCGUGAAAGAGCCGGAGUCUGCGGAUAUUAUGCUCCUGGUAUCUGCGCGCAGAUCUCCCGCGAAUCGGCCGAGCUAUUUCACCGUACCCGAGUCAAAGGCUGUCGACGCUCUGACGAUCCCGCAGAAUACUAGAAAAAGCAACAUUUCCAAUCUCAGCUUGUGGACAGGCCACCGAAGGCGUUCGGUGACGACGAUACACUCUUAUGGCCACUCCCCUUUCCGGGAGCUGCAAUUGCUCAUCGACGGACAACUGGGUGGCGUAGCACGGCCGUUUCCUGUAAUGUUCACUGGUGGUGUUGUCCCUGGAUUCUGGAGGCCUAUUACAGGCAUUGACGCUUUCGACCUGGUUGACGACGAGAUCGACAUAACACCAUUCUUACCAAUACUCGUUGACGACAAGGGGCACACUUUUGAGAUUCGAUUGGUCGUCAUCGAGGAUGACGGCAAAGGUCACGGCGAACUCACGCAGUCAAUUGAAUCAAAUUGGGUCAUCGCAGGACAAUUGUUCGUUUGGCUUGACACUAAUACCAGCAUCGUAACAGGCUCACGUCCUAUCGUUCACACCCCGAAACCAUCGAUCAACGUCUUCUCGAAGACCAGUAACACUGACGGCACUGUUGCAUCUAUUGAGUAUUACAUUCAGGUCACGCGGAACAUCGCAUACUCCAACUACGGCACCCUCUCGAACAGUGGCAGCGACCAGAACGUUGAGCAGAACAUAAGUGGGCUCAACACCUCCCCAGUUUCAGCCUACCCCAAAGGUUUUGCCUACCCCUCGUGGGCUGCCUCGAUCUACGAUGCGCCCCUGGGUGGUGGCCUGACCAUUGACGCUACAACGAGGCGAGGCAAGACUGUCGAGCAGAUUGGUGAACUUGCCUUCUACAACGAAUGGAGAUCAGUGGCGCCAAGGGACACUUCCUUCUACAGAAGCAAGGUGACGAAUUCGCAGAAUGGCACGGCCUCCUACAUCAGCAUCCCAGCGGAAAAUCAAUCCUACGGUUCAGGCAGCACGGAGCAGCAUUACAUGCUUAGUGCCGUUCAGCAACUCAAUCGCUCAAUUGUAGUCAAUGAAGAGCGCUCUGGACGCGAAGAGGAGAGGACAGCCGACCUCAGUGUUACACAGGAUUGGAUGCACGGCAAUAGAUGGCAUGACUUUGCAGUCAGAGGCAUAGAAGCGCUGCCAGGCAGAGGACCGCACUAA